GCAAGCAUGUCUUGCGAAAGAGAAACGUGUGUGGAGCUUGUCUGCAGGAAUAAAGUAAAGCGGAAAGCAGGGGCUCUUCUGCUUGUGUGUGUGUGGCUCCUGUGCUCUCAGUCAGUGUCCAGCAGCAACCAAAGCUCUCGAGGCCAAACCGGUCGGUCUGAAGUUAAGCCGGGAACCUGUGAGGUGGUGGCAGCUCAUCGAUGCUGUAAUAAGAAUAAAAUAGAGGAGAGGUCUCAGACGGUCAAGUGCUCCUGUCUCCCAGGACAGGUCGCUGGGACCACCCAUGCCCAACCUUCAUGUGUAGAUGCAUCUAUCGUCCGGAUGAAGUGGUGGUGUCAAAUGGAGCCGUGUCUAAAUGGUGAAGAGUGUAAAGUGUUGCCUGACCUCACCGGCUGGUCCUGCAGCUCUGGGAACAAAAUCAAAACUACCAAGGUCACACGGUAAAGCAACACUUCUGUGGACAUGUGAUGACAACUCAUAAUUUCACACGAGCAUAUUUUAAAAUCAGACCUGCAAAUGUCAACAAAAAUGCACACUCGAGCAGAAACAUGCGACCUGUGAACUAAGACUGUGAAAAGAGUUAAAACGAAAGGCAUUGGCUUCAUAAAAUAUUUCUAGUUCAAAUAAAUGCUGUUUUGUAACCUUAUUUGUUCAGAAUUGUAAAAAAUCUUCUACCUAAAAUAUUAAACAGCAACUGUUUUUAACAUUGAAAAUAAUAAUAAUAAAUGUUUGAGUAGCAAGUCAGCGUAAUAUAGUGAUCAUGUGACUAGAGUAAUGAUGCUAAAAAAACUCACAGGAAUAAAUUGCACUUUUAUUCAUAUCCAGAUAGAAAACGGUUAUUAUAAAUUGUAAUAAUAUUUCACAAUUACACAGUUGUA